AUGAAACUAAUCAGAGAUGGAAAAAUAUGGCAUAUUGUAUCUGCAUAUGCACUUCAGCAGGGUUGCAGAGAGGAGGAGAAAGAGGAAUUUAGAGAAAAACUUGAAGAGUAUAUAGAAAGUAUAGCACGAACAGAAUUAAUAGUAAUAGCUGGAGACAUGAAUGCACAUGUAGGAGAAAGUGGUACUGGGUAUGAAGGAGUCCAUGGUGGAAUGGGUUUCGGAAGACGAAAUGUAGAAGGUGAGCGAUUACUGGAAAUGCCAGAAGCAGCAGAAAUUACAAUAUUGAAUUCCUGGUUCAAGAAGAGACAAAGCCAUGUAAUUACAUAUAAAAGCGGUCAGAAUGAGACACAGAUUGAUUACAUCCUGGUAAGAAGAGAAGACAAACGACUUGUAAUGGAUUGCAAAGCUAUACCUGGAGAACCAGUGGUGACGCAACAUAGAUUAUUAGUAGCAGAUUUUAGGAUGAAAAGUGGAAGGAAGAGAAGGAAAGAAGAAAGAAAGAAGAAGAUUAACGUCUGGGAGCUGAAAAGUGAAAAGAAGAAUGAGUUUAGAAACAAUGUUGAAGAAACGUUCAGGGAAAGACAUAGAACUGGCAGCUUACCAGAAACAGCAGAGGUGUGGAAAGAUAUGAAAGAUAUAUUAGUAAACAAAAGCAACAGAGAUUUGUGGUAA